CAAAGAGGCUUUCUAGUUGAUCGACAAUAUGACACUUUCGUAGAAAUUCUUUGGAAAAUCAGUUGAAACAUGAGAGAGGACGCUAUUCUUAUAUUCGUAUCUUCCCUCGUCUCGGUCCAUUGUCAUUUGUUCACCGAUGCAGGUUCAGACCAGCACUGCGAGGAUGACACGUGCAUAACAGAUGAAAGACCGUGUUUUAUUCCUCGGGAAAAAGGUAUCUUAACGCGCCUAGAUGGAGUAAAAGUAAGUAAAUAUGAGGGCAAACAAAAACGAUUAUUAACGUUUCUGUUAUGCCUGUGUAUCUGUUAUUAUUCCUCCAUAGAACAUUGCAAUUUCGGCUGGGUAAUUUUUGUUAUUUUAUCGAAAUCAGUGACUCGAGGAAAAUUAUGUAAUUUCCGUGACAGUCCUAAUCAGAAAGCUUCAUCUUCCCCUGGAAAAGCCAUAAAAUGAACAAUAUUGUUAUUCUAAUGAAGCCUUUCGAUUUUCAGUUAAUCAAACUUUUUUGAAUUGGCUAAACACUGAGAGCUGGUUGAUUGAACGAAAUCUCAUUUGCACUAUGGUUGCAGACCAUCAGAAUUGUUUAUGGUCGGGUUAUUUAAAGUAAAUUAACGCUUUCCUGUUAGCUGAAUUUCUUCUUGACACUGUUUAGAAAUGAUCAAAGUUUGAAUCAAUGAUCGGGCCACAGAUUUAUUCAAGAACGUCUGAUAUUAAUUUAUUAAAAAAGGCAGGAUCUAACUUAAAGCUUACUUUCCAAACUCAUCAAAUUUCCUAUUUUAUCUUAAAAUAAGGCUUACACUUGCUACUUCGAAGCAUUUCGUGUUGUGAAAAUAUUCCAAAUCGUUGCAAUUUUCAGUUUCAUAUUCAAAAUAUAAUUUACGCUAUCAAUUUUUUGUUAAAAUUCAUUUUUCCAAAGUAUAGUUUAGAUUCUCUGUAUCUGUUUAAAGUCAACUUUUCGAGCUGACUGCAAAAAACUGGUACCCGGUCUUAUCACAUAAAGAAUACAAUAAAUACACCAGAUGGUUUACUGGUACAGUUUAAAGAUUCUGUCACGUGUUGCAGUAGAGUUAAAAUUCAUAUCAAGUCUUAAUCGUUAAAAAUAUUAUGUGACGAAAAUAACUGAUUAACACCUCCAGAGAAGCCAGUUCAAUUUACCUUAGUUACAGUUUAUAAUUCAAGCAAACCAUGGGUUGAAGCGAAUGGCCAUUAAAAUAGUUGAACGUUUACAUCUGUUUCCUUUCUCGCUUGAACCGAUAUUGCCAAAUUACUAAUUACUAUACGAUUUUAAGGUUUUGCUCUGCGUGAUGCAAUAUCCCUCUGAAACAUUUACUAACCUUUCACACCCUAACAUCAUUAUGCACAUUCUCCAUACUGUACUCCAUACAUUUCCUUAGGAGAUGACAAGGAGAAUUUGUUUAACAAUCAAGAGCUUCUUCAUUUGGUGAUCAUUUCGUUGAUUCUCGUGACCUUAAAGUUUUAUCGAAAGGUGACAUUGUAAGGAGAAAUUAGAUGAUGACCCUCCUUAGCGAUUAAAUAAAGGUGUCCUCAGGGUUUUUUAAAAAUCGUUUCGGGUAAAAGCAAUUGUAUAGUAUCAAUUCAACUCUGGAAUUUUUAAACAUGUUUCGCCAUCAUCUCGAAGUUUUUAUGUAUGAAAAUCAAGAGGAAUGUUUGAUUUCUACGUGAAGAAGUUCCACUUUAGCGAGCUAACAAUCAUCAUUUUUCUUUAGGUUGGGCACAAACAGAAAGUUGAUCUUGGAGCAGAAGGAAAAAAAGUACUGAUAACUCGGGCUUUGAAACCACUCUUGUUUGGUGAGUGUCAGCCCAACGUACAUUUAAGGGAAUUUGAGACUUUUUUUCAGCAACUCUUGCCCAAACCACGUACAAUUCACCUCUAUUGGCGUAUGCGUAGCCAGAAAUUAGGAAAAAUUGGUUUUGGUUAUCAAGGGAGCCAUUUCUGUCUACAAUUUGGUUGCAACUUGGCUACAUAUCCACUGUAUCUGCCAGAAGAUGAAGAAAUAAACAUUCAAUAUUAAGCGAAAUAAAUGGUAUAAAAAUAUGGCGGAAUUUCAUCUGAAAAACAACGAACAAUUUUCGCACCUUUUUCAUUAUCUAUCUUACCUCCUCAGAGAUCCCGAAUUUCUUAUCUGAAGAAGAAUGCAACCACGUUAUAUCACUGGCCAAUGAAAAGGAGUUGGUCAAAAGUGUCGCUAGAGGAGGACUAACAGAGAGCGACACAUGGACACAUGACCCAAAUCGUAAGUGAGUUAAAUUAAUUACCACACAGGCUGAUUUUAAUUGGACACAUCAAAAUCGAAACUUAGUGGCAAACAGCGAAGGCAAGUUUGGUUUAACUUCUACUCGGUGCUAUGCAAUGAAAAAUCAAAUUAAGAAAAUUUUUCUGUGAGUAGGACCUUCAGCUUUAGAAACUUGAACACAAAAGUGAGUGAGAUAAACUGGUCAAAAGACUAUAGUGUCAAACUUUAAAACACAAUAAGUCCAGCUCUAAACAGAUGAUUUAGAACUACUUGAUAGAUUUCUCCCUGAAUUGUAAGCUAUUAGGUCCCCGUACCGCUGUUAGCCUCUUAGUUGUACCAUUACUAAUGGUGAUAACAGCAAUCACAACAACAUCACAAAUAACAAUAACAUAGAGAGCAACUAUAACGAAACUAUGACGAUGACGUUGACGAUUAUGAUUCUGAUAAUGAUAAUGAUGAUGGUGAUGACUAUGACGAUGACGAUGAAAAUAAUGGAAAUUUUAGUGAUAAUGGAGAUAUGAUAAUGAUAAAAAUGAUAAUGAUAUGAUAGUGAUAAUGAUAAGAAUAAUGUUAAUGAUAAUGAUAAUACAAUGAUAAUGAUAAUAAAAUGAUAAUGAUAAUGACAAUGAUAUUAUAGUGAUGAUAAUAAUGAUAAUAAGAAUAAAAAAAUGAUAAUAAAAUGAUAAUGAUAAUGACAAUGAUAUUAUAAUGAUGAUAAUAAUGAUAAUAAGAAUUAAAAAAAUGAUAAUAAAAUGAUAAUGAUAUUAAUAAUGAUAAUAAAAUGAUAAUGAUAAUGGUAAUGAUAACGAUAUGAUAGUGAUAAUAAUGACGAUAAUGAUAAUGAUGAUGAUAAUGAUAAUGAAAUUAAUUGAUUACAAAAUUCCCUUUGAAAAGACCAAUUUGAAUUGCAGUAUUUGGAAAAGCGGAGGGCUCGAGAGGACUGUAUGAAAAUUGGGACUUUGAUCAAGAUGGAAAAAUAACAAUUGAUGAGGUGAGGACAGUACAGUAUUCUAUAUGUAAAAAGAAACACCCCAGCUUUGUUACCUGUCAGAUCAGUAACGUUGAUGAAUAUAAAAUAAUUUUUUUCCUUUCAGAUAAAGAGAUUUGCGAAGGUAGAAAGGUACCUUUAUCUCACGGAUGAGGAAGUGAAACGCAUGUAAGUUUGCCUCCACUCUAAGGUGAAUUACUACAUGGAUCGAAAAUACAUUAAAUAGACUGUUUAAUAGCUUUGCAAUGCUUAAAGCGUUUGUUCGCGGAUCUAGCCGAAAAAGAUCACGUAGUCGAGGAAGGAUUUUAUUCGUCGUCUUACGUCAAGCAUGGGAAAUAGGAAAGAAAUUUGAUUCCCCCUGAAGGAAUAAAUCCCCCGGCGUCUUUCAUAAAACUUUACUUGUGGACAGGAUUCACUCAAAUCGAGGAGGUUAGAUCCCUCCUCCUUUUUCCCACUCGUACUUAGCUAUAUUUCGAGCCACUUUGAGUAAUUUUGCGCUGUUUUCUAUCAGUUGAACGCUUUCAUCAAGUUAAUGUUCUGUUACGUAUUAAAAUAAUCAAAUAACAAAAUUCGAAGGGAAAAACUUUUCUACGCAGAUUUAACACCUUUGCACGAACCUGGAUAGAAUUUGUAAAACACAUUUAUUAAAAAGAAGUUUGCUGUUCACAGAUUUCACGACUUGAAGCUACGGGAGUUCGAUGAUAGUAAGUAAAGACCAUAACGUAAGAGAUAUGAUAAUCUCAGAAAUGUGACAUAUUUAAGGGUUCUGUUUAAAUGGUUUGAACCGAUUGCAGUUUCUUGAAUGUGCAACUAGAGGACAAAAAUAUCGCAGAACUAUGAGGGGCGACCAGACAAUAUAUUUUGAAAAACUAGCUCACUUUUAUAUAGAAAUUAAAACAGUAACUUAAUAAAUCAGUCACUCAGUCUGUCAAUCACUCAAUCAAUCAAAAAAAACCAAUCAAUCGUUUCCCUUAAAUGCAAGCAUAAAAGGGUCUGACAAUAGUUCUGCAAAUACCUCUUAAGUGAUGUGCGCACAUUCAUCCAGAAAAGAUUCUCAUACGGACUCUGAUGAUGUAGGUGUCAUUACUCGUGAGGAGUUUCAAGACAUGAACACGCUCCUUGUUGACAGCUACUUGUACGAAAUGGGCCGCAGCCAUCCGCGUCACCGAGAAAGAUUCAGUGAACAAACAUGGCUGACAGGGGAACACGAAGACGGAAUUCUUCAAGACAUCCGCAUGAGGUUGGACGAUUAUAGUUGCAUAGACCUAUAAUUAAUGUCAACUAGCACAAUUAUUAUGGAGCCAUUACCGCAUGUUACUCUCUUAUCUCACUCUUUAGCUCCUGUGUAAGUUUUGAUGAAAUUUCAUCCUGCCCCCGAAUUGAACAUCCGUGCUGGGGAGGGUCCGGGGCAGGGUAUACUACGUACAGUGGUCCCGAGGGGAUCACCCUGAGUAAAACGGUCACAACUUAUUUACCGUUUUUUAGAGGAAAUGGCCUGCCUUGACUGUUUAGCUUUUAAAUUGACUUGUUUCACUUCGCUUUGAUAUUAUUUUUUUUACUUCAUUUUCAGUCUCCUUACUCAUAGAUGGCUGCAAGAAGGAGCCCGUUACCCGGAUGUAGAAAUGACAAGCAUACCAAAAAAAAUGUUCCCAAAAUAAGUAAAAAAACUCGAAGACCUUGUAAGGGAAAGGGGGGCUUCGGGUAAUUGGCUCCUGAAGCAAAAAAUUGUGGGAAGCAAAAAAGCGUUAUGUAGUUGAUUAGAAAUCUUUUGAAAUUAUCUCAUAACUUUUUCUUGCAGAGUACAGGCAGUUACAAAGCUGCCCGAUGAGAUUAUCUAUGGAAGUGAGUACUUACAGGUAAAGUUAAAACAUUUUUUCUCUUGCCGAAACAGAGAGAGAAAAAUCAAGAGGAAAAUAGAAAUAAGAGAAGCUGCUUAUGGGAAAAAAAUGAACUCCCGCAUAAGAAACAUGACGAUCUUCUGACGAAUCACAGCGCCAUAGAAUAUCAAAUGUUGCUUAAAGUCAAUCUGGACUAACUGCACAGGAUUCAAUAAUUAAAUAGUCCUGAAAUCAAAAUUUUAAAAACGACUCUUUAUAAGGUGCUUUUACUCAAUCCUCUCACUCCUAGAAGAGACUAUAAGAUAUUUUCUCCUUAAUUAAUUAUUGGUCAAUUAGGAAGAUAAUGAGACGAAAGACAAAUAUCAAUGAAGGUAAAUCAAAUGAUGAUACUAACCAAUAAUCAAAGCCUUAAAUAUGAGAAAUAGACGAAAAAUCAGGAGAAAUAAAUUUUUGAUCUUAGGGGCAAAAGAGGUAAAGCCUAAUGUUUCCCCCAUUGAAAACAAAGCCUACGCCGAACAUAUCAUUAGACCUUCUUCCGAAACGGGUUUGACAAACUUAUUACACUCACCAGGUUGUCCGUUAUGGAGUUGAUGGACAUUACCACGCCCACCUCGACAGCGAGACGCAUGAGCAUCCCGAGAUACCCUGCUGUCAUCAGAUUCAAGGAGCCGGAAUGGAUCGUGAAAGGAGAUGCAAGUUAUGCAGGUAUCUAGCAAAGUAAUAGAAAUAGACGUUUAGGGAUUUAGUAUAUACAUGCCUAUGAGAGAAAGAGAAACUAGCUCUGUUACUUGAGCUUGAAAAAUCACUUUCCUAAUAUCGAUAUGGAAUUUUGUGGACAAUGGAACUAGAGAACAUGCAUUUACUACACCCAGAAUAUGUGUUGAACUUUUAGAUUCGAGAGCGAUAUGCGAUUAGCUGCUUACUAAUUAUACAUUGACCAUUUUCCAGAUAUGUUACGAUCCUCUAUUUCUUAAAUGAACCUCCCGAGGGAGGUGAAACGGCUUUCCCGAUGGCGGACAACGCAACGUUUAUUAAAGAGGUCAGUUAAACUUUUCUUUUCUUUUGAAACUAAUUCUGAUUUGACAAAACAACAACUGCAGUUAAAAAUCAACUGGCAAUUGAAACACUUCGAGCAAAACUUUUGGCUAACAGGCUGACUGGUGCAAAUAAGAAUUAUAUUAAUCAAGGCACUCGGUAAUAUCAAUGGAAUUGUGAGUAAAAUUUGGUAUCAUUCAAUUUUAUCAACUUAUUGGAACGCUAUCAGGGCAAGGAAGAGAAAUGAAAGUAUCCGGUGCUAGAACUAGGCCCAGGGUAUGUCCGACCAAGCACUGUUAAAUUUCCACCUUUCUCUUCCCUAGAAUAAUCAUCCAACCGAUAAGCAUUUAUGUCACACCAAAAAUCUGGUGUUAAGAUAGAUAUUGAUAACCCAUUCAAUUAAUGUUGUUUCCAGAAUUUCGCGUCGUUACGUUCCAAGGAAGAUUUCUACAAUUUAAGUGAGUUUUGCCACAAGUCAAAUCUGGUGGUGACUCCUAAAAAAGGAACUGCUAUCUUGUGGUACAACCACGAGAUGGACCCAAACAGUGGCUGGCUGGGGAGAAUGGACGAGUAUUCAAUUCACGGAGGAUGCGCAGUCAAAAGGGGGAUAAAAUGGAUAGCGAACAACUGGAUCACCGCCCCAUAUAAGAAGCUUGCUCAUGUCCCAAGUCAGUACAUACUGGGUCCGGAUAUUUACUUCAGUGAAGAUUAAAAAAAGAUGAUUUCGCUCGGAUAAAUGAGGAACACAAGCCAGUAGUCACUGUACUGAUCGAUAAAGCGUAGGUGCAAUAUGCACACGAGCCUCGUAAACAAGACUCUUUC